AUGUAUGAGUCUGCUCAUGUCUAUCUAUCUAUCUAUCUAUCUAUCUAUCUAUCUAUCUCAGUCUCUUCACUAUCUAGCUAUCUACUUCAUUUUGUGAUCUAUCUGUCUAUCUAUCUAUGUAUGAGUCUGCUCAUGUCUAUCUAUCUAUCUAUCUAUCUAUCUAUCUAUCUAUCUCAUCUGCUCAUGUCUAUCUAUCUAUCUAUCUAUCUAUCUAUCUAUCUAUCUAUCUAUCUCAUCUGCUCAUGUCUAUCUAUCUAUCUAUCUAUCUAUCUAUCUAUCUAUCUCAUCUGCUCAUGUCUAUCUAUCUAUCUAUCUAUCUAUCUAUCUAUCUCAGUCUCUUCACUAUCUAGCUAUCUACUUCAUUUUGUGAUCUAUCUGUCUAUCUAUCUAUAUAUGAGUCUGCUCAUGUCUAUCUAUCUAUCUAUCUAUCUAUCUAUCUAUCUAUCUAUCUCAUCUGCUCAUGUCUAUCUAUCUAUCUAUCUAUCUAUCUAUCUAUCUAUCUCAGUCUCUUCACUAUCUAGCUAUCUACUUCAUUUUGUGAUCUAUCUGUCUAUCUAUCUAUGUAUGAGUCUGCUCAUGUCUAUCUAUCUAUCUAUCUAUCUAUCUAUCUAUUCUGCUCAUGUCUAUCUAUCUAUCUAUCUAUCUAUCUAUCUAUCUAUCUCAGUCUCUUCACUAUCUAGCUAUCUACUUCAUUUUGUGAUCUAUCUGUCUAUCUAUCUAUGUAUGAGUCUGCUCAUGUCUAUCUAUCUAUCUAUCUAUCUAUCUAUCUAUCUCAGUCUCUUCACUAUCUAG